UUAGUACUAGGAUGAGUGAAGUAACGAGUAAAAGAGUUUAAAAAAAGGAGUAGAUCUUUUCUAUUUAGUAGGAAUAAAUAUGAAUAGUAAGGCUUCUCAAAUUAGAUCUAUUUAAAGAGCUUUGAAGUUUAGAGAUCAUAAUGUGCCAUUUUGGACUGUUCUUGAUGUCUUAGAAGAUCAAUAGAGAACAUCUGUUAGGGUUUAAACAUAUAUGUAGUCUCUCAAGGAUGUUUAAAAUUACUUGAUUGAAAACCAAGACAGAUAGUCAGAAGUAUUUGCUAAUGUUGGUCUUCUAAAAGAAAUAUAAUAAAUUCUGAUAGUAGAUAUGAGUCUAAUUGUCUUUAAGGAUUGUAAAAAAUAGAAUAAUAAAAAGCAAAUUUAAAUGACCAUAGGAUUUGAGUAAUGUUAUUUUGAUUCUCUUGUGAUAGACAUACAUGAGCUUCUAGUAGUAAAUUUAGUCUAUUAAUUUAAAGGGAUGCUAACAAGAGUAACAGAAUGCAAUUACCAGAAGAAUUGGGUAAAGUAAGUCUUUUAGUGAAAAAUAGAAGAUUCUGAUAGUUGGGAUCAAUCUAUCUGCCUAAAAAGAUGCAAAAUCAAGUUCAUAGGAGCCAUUUCAAAUAGUCAUGAUAAAUGGGUAAAUUCAAUCUGUUUCUCAUCUGAUAGAAAUACAUAAACUGAGGUAAUUAAGAUUAAUCUAUCUAUUUAUGUGAUGUUAAAACAGUUAAUAAAAAGUUGAAAUAGAUGCAUAAAGUGUAAUGUUAGAUUAAUGUGUGUUAUUCUUGAUUAUUGAUUGAAAUACAGACAAAUCUGGUGUUGAGAAAGCCAAACUAGAAAAUUACAAUUAGGUAAAGUUUGUUUCUCUAAUGAUAGUAGGAUAAUAGCUUCUGGUAGUAGUGAUAAGUCUAUCUGUCUAUCGGAUGUUAAAUGAGGAUAAUAAAAAGCCCAAUAUAUGGUCAGAGUGAUUUUGUUAUAUUGAUAAGUUGAUCUGAU